CAGUGUGCAGUGCGGCGGAGACCAUGGCGGCGGCCCUCUCCAGGGACUCUCCCGACAUCGAGAACCUACUGGCUCUCAACCCAAAGAUUUCUCCACACGCCACCGUGGUGCCAACGGUAGUGACGAAGAAAAACAAACUGAAGUGGAAGAGAAAUGCCAAUAAAUCAUGUGAGGGUUGCAGGCCGCUGGAGAAGAACUUCGACGACAUCAAGCACACGACGCUGAGCGAGCGUGGCGCUCUCAGGGAGGCAGCGCGCUGCCUCAAGUGCGCAGACGCGCCCUGCCAACUCUCCUGUCCCACUAGCAUCGACGUCAAGAGCUUCAUCACCAGCAUCGCCAACCAGAACUACUACGGCGCAGCGAAGACCAUCCUGUCCGAGAACCCGCUGGGGCUGACGUGCGGCAUGGUGUGCCCCACCAGCGAUCUCUGCGUGGGCGGAUGUAACCUGCAGGCGUCCGAGGAGGGUCCCAUCAACAUCUCCGGCCUGCAGCAUUUCGCCGUCCAGGUAUUUCAGAAGAUGAAACUGGCUCAGACGAAGGCCCCUGGGCAGAGUGUGAAAUUCGCCGACGCAAAGAUAGCGCUGGUCGGUGCCGGGCCUGCAUCUCUGUCGUGCGCCACCUACCUGGCCAGGAUGGGCUACAACAACAUCACCAUCUUCGAGAAGCAGAGCUACACUGGAGGCCUCAGUUCCUCCGAAAUACCACAAUACCGUCUGCCGUACGACGCCGUUAUGUUUGAAGUGGAGUUGGUCAAGGAUCUCGGAGUAAAAUUUGAGUACAGCCGCGCCCUCUCUACCAGUGAUCUCACAGUACAGAAACUGAAAUCUGAUGGAUACGAAGUGAUUUUCCUGGGCAUCGGUCUUCCACACCCUAAAUUGAGCCCCAUAUUUGAGGGUCUCACGGCGGAUAUGGGUUUCUUCACUUCAAAAGACUUCCUCCCUGCAGUUUCCAAGGGAAGUAAACCAGGCAUGUGCUGCCAGGGAGCGCGCCUGCCGGAGCUGCGUGGCGUGGUGACGGUGCUGGGCGCCGGAGACACAGCCUUCGACUGCGCCACUUCCGCCCUGCGCUGCGGCGCACGCAAGGUCUUCGUCGUCUUUCGAAAGGGCUUCCGCAACAUCCGAGCCGUGCCCGAAGAGGUGGACCUGGCCAGAGAAGAGAAGUGUGAGUUCAUCCCUUUUCAUUCACCGAAGAGGGUGAUAGUCAAAGGUGGCAACAUCGUCGGUAUAGAAUUCUGCAGAACUGAGCAGGGAGAAGACGGCACGUGGAUAGAGGAUGAAGACCAAAUCAUAAAACUCAAGACCAAUUUUAUAAUUUCGGCCUUUGGCUCAGGUCUCUAUGACGAAGACGUGAAGAAGGCAAUGUCUCCUCUGAAGUGGACAAAGUACGGGCUGCCAGAGGUGGAUUACAGCACCAUGGCCACCAGCGAGCCCGGAGUAUUCUGCGGCGGAGACCUGUCGGGUGCCACCGAAACCACUGUGGAAGCCGUCAACGAUGGCAAGACUGCUGCCUGGAGUAUUCACAAGUAUAUACAGGAGCGGCGCGGUGCGGCGGUGCCAGGCGCGGCGGUGUUGCCGCGCUUCCACAGCGCCAUCGACGACGUGGACGUGAGCGUGACGGUGUGCGGCCUGCGCUUCCAGAACCCGUUCGGGCUGGCGUCCGCGCCGCCCGCCACCACCAGCGCCAUGAUCCGCAGGGCCUUCCAGCAGGGCUGGGCCUUCGCCGUCACCAAAACCUUCUCCCUCGACAAGGACUGCGUGACCAACGUGUCUCCGCGCAUCGUGAAGGGCACCACGUCGGGUCAUCACUAUGGACCACAGCAGUCGUCGUUCCUCAACAUCGAGCUCAUCUCGGAAAAGUCGGCAGCCUACUGGUGCCGCAGCAUCACCGAGCUCAAACAAGAGUUCCCAGAAAAGGUGGUUAUCGCCAGCAUCAUGUGCAGCUUCAACGAGAGCGAUUGGACGGAGCUAAGCCAGAUGGCGGAAGCUUGUGGCGCAGACGCCCUCGAGCUCAACUUGUCGUGUCCACACGGCAUGGGGGAGUCGGGCAUGGGGCUCGCCUGUGGCCAGGAUCCGAAUUUGGUGCGCAGCAUUGCUACGUGGGUGAGAGCCGCUGUGAAAAUUCCGUUCUUCGUCAAGCUGACGCCCAAUAUCACCGACAUCGUCAGCAUCGCCAGAGCGGCUUACGAAGGCAAGGCGGACGGGGUGUCGGCGAUCAAUACGGUGUCGGGGCUGAUGCGGCUGCACGCGGACGGGUCGCCGUGGCCGGCGGUGGGCUCGCAGCGGCGCACCACGUACGGCGGCGUGUCCGGCGCGGCCACGCGGCCCAUGGCGCUGCGGGCCAUCUCGGCCGUGGCGCGGGAGCUGCCGGGCUUCCCCAUCCUCGGCAUCGGCGGCGUCGACUCUGCCGACACCGCCUUCCAGUUCCUCAGCGCCGGCGCCUCCGUCGUCCAGGUGGGAAGUGCUAUACAGAACCAGGACUUCACACUGAUUGAAGACUACGUGACGGGCCUCAAGACGCUGCUCUACCUACGCUCCAUAGAAGAACUCAGCUCGUGGGACGGCCAGUCUCCGCCGACGGAGAAACAUCAGAAAGGAAAGCCGGUCGUUUCUCUCCAGAACAUCCUCGGAAAGAAUUUGCCUCAAUUCGGCGAGCAUCUACAGAGACGAGAGGAGAUCAUAGCGGAGAUGAAGAGGAAGCAGGGGCCCCUGGGUGCAAGCAAACCCUCCGAGCCGCUGAGGCCGGCGCACCAGCCCCGCAAGCCCGUACCCAGCGUCCAGGACAUCGUGGGGCAGGCGCUGCCACACAUCGGCGCCUACAAGGCUCUCGACAACACUAAGCAAGUCGUCGCCGUCGUGGACGAGGACCUGUGCAUCAACUGUGGGAAGUGUUACAUGGCGUGCAACGACUCUGGCUACCAGGCCAUCCAAUUCGACCCUGAGACGCACAUGGCGCGGGUCACGGACGACUGCACGGGCUGCGCCCUCUGCCUCUCCGUCUGCCCCAUCAUCGACUGCAUCACCAUGGUUCCGAGGACAACACCGCACAUAAUCAAGCGUGGUGUGCCUUUCGCAAACGGGACUCUCGAGCCAGUGUACUGAAAAAUUGGUGCAUCGCACUCCUUACAGCAGGUUUAGUGAUUCACAAGUGAGAAAGUUCAGCACGUCGGCCAGCAUGUUGCCAUGCCGACAGUGCGCUGCUGUGCGGUUAUCUUCGAAUGAACUUCGCACGUUACCAGGAACUGUCGGAUGCUUUCAGAUUCCAUAACAGUUUUCUUUAACGCAAUAAAAAUUUCCAGAAAGGAUCUCCUUUCAUGUCUCCAAGCGUGAAAUUGCGACAAACAAAACCAUACCGGCUCUCGAAAUUUGGUUUCGCGCUGUAUGACAUGAAAAAGCAUGUGUUAAGCAAAUUUAAGAAAUCGGCAGCUCACAUCAAGGAAAACGCGACGUGGUGCCAAACAGAAGUUUGAUCACUCAAGAAACAACAACUGCUCAAAUUUAUAUUUUGCUCAUUUACUUCUUAAAAAUCUUAACCUUUUCAUAAAUCUUUCUUUCCUUUAAGUUUCAAAUAUAAUAAAGUUUAUGAACGUAUUGUGUGUAUUAUAAACAAACAGUGUAAUACAAGUGUAUGUCUGGUAAAAAACUAAAUAAAGAAUGUAUUGG